UAAUAAGUCGGCGAAAUAAAGAUUUUUAAGAGCCUACCUUUGUUUGGAACUGUCGUCUGCCAUCUUGUUUUGUCCAAUCCUGCACACGAUCAUGACAGUGAAAUUGAUUUAGACAGUGGUUUUAACCAAUUUCCAGUAUCUUCCUUUAAUUUCUGUGCUCAUAAAUGAUAAUAUUUUUUUCGAUAAUUGUUUAAUGACAUACAACGUUAAAUCAUCGAAUUUAAGCUUCCAAACAUCGAUCGACCAAACUGAUGAGCUGUAUCGCUUCAAUUUAAUAAAGAAUUUAAUUGACUAAUUAAUUAGACAAUGAACGAUACGUAGGGAACCCGCACUUACAGCAAUUAAGCAUACUUAAUGUCCCGUUUAUUGUGUACACACGCCAGGUUCAGGUAUGUAGACCUACACGUGUGUCUGUGUAAACAAUACAAAUUUAAAAGUAGCGGUCACACUUUGCCGCUCCACCGACCACAGGUAUACUAGUCGCUCCACGGAGCAGAUAUCACCGUUACAAAUUUCCUAUUGGGGGUGGGGGGCAAAAUUAUUUGUCCUUGAGUACAUCCAUCAACACAGGCCAGAGAUAGAGUCGGGUGUACAGUACAUCACUUAGUAUAAAUGUAUACGAUCUUAGUCAAACAAGCGUUCCCACCCGCUUCUAAUACAUUUAAUGUAUUUUAUGGUACUUUCGUCUUCGUACAUCAUUCAUUAUUAACCGUGCUGCGAAUCCCUUCCCCCAAGAAAAAUCACCUACACGAGAAAGAGAAUUAUCAGCUGUUAUUUAAAUAAUGUUUUAAAGGGAUUUCGUAAUUUAAAUCACCCUCGUCGUACGCGGUUUUUAAAUAGCAGCGAAUUUAAUCAACAAGAAUAACCUGCCUACUAGAAGGCGUAGUGUACUGUGUGUAUACGUGUGUGUCAUGUUGUGUUAACAAGGAAGUAAAUGAUCCGAUGAGAAACCCACUGAUACAACGUGAAAAAAAAUCAAGUGUCGGUGAAAAAGGAACUUUGUUUGGAUCUGUAUCCACUACAACAGACUUGGCAAACACCAGGAAUCGAAUUCCGUCCGAAUGAUCUCUGGCUUGUGUACAUUUACCUGAACAGGUGAUAUAAACAAACCGAAAGCGACGCACAGUCGCCAAGACAGAGAUAAAAUUGAUGAGGGGAAUGACAAAACCAUGACGCUUAUAACAUGGAACGGUUGAUUACGUACAGCACGGAACGAGGAAGAAUGUAAUUCCUAUCUAUGUUCAAAUCAACCUUUAUUAUUAAUUGAAAAAAUUGAAAAAAAAUGUAUUUUCUCUCCGAAUCUUUCUUUAAAACUUUGCCUUCAAUCGUUUUACUACUGCUGUGUGCAAGUGUGGAUGGAUUUAAAUAUGUCGAACCUAAAGAUGACCCUGUCGAACUCAAUAAACGUGGACAAGUUAACGCCACGUCUUGUGGAUCGGGCACCUGCUCAAAUGACAGAGAUUCCUGUAGGAGUGGGAGAGCUUCAACUCCGACUGCUAUAGAUUUACUGAAGGAUGGUAUCCCGGAAAACUGCACAGAACAGGACAUUCCACAGCCUCUACCCAGCAGCGCGAAUGAAUACAAUGGUUACAUAACCAUUAAUUCGAGUAAUCAGGCCUACUGUAACAGCAUUCAGAGAAACCCGUCAGGAACACUCGCUGGCCUGUCUUUCUGGAUCUGGUCAUCGGGAACGGCAGAUUGCAUUCUGUUCAAGGUUAAUAAUCAGAUACAGGUGACAUUGAAAUUUCACUCUGGAAAUCUUACAUUGUCCAUCAACGAAACUUUUACUCCUGCAGCAGAUCUAUUACGUUUUAUGUGGAAUCAUGUAUAUAUCAGACGAGAAAAUGACAUGUAUUCCUCCAUGUUUUUCAAUGGGUCUUACGUCAGGACUCUAUCUGACACAGGUCUUCCAUCCACCAUAUCAAAUCUAAUACUGAACCCAAAUGCAGGAUGCCAGUUUACCAUGGUGGAUUUUCGAUUUUACAGUACCUAUCUGACGAACAGAGAAAUCCAGGAAGAGAUAUUUGAAGGGAAAAAUCUGUCUGACACCCCAAUCAGCUUCCCAGAAUGCCGAUGUCCCCGCUCCCAUCCUGAGCUACCGAUGAGUGAUAAUGACCCCUCAGGGGUGUUUUGUAAAGCUCUAGAAAACUCAGACACUGUAAUGCGACUACGGAAUAAAAUGGAGGAUAGUCUGCGAGACGACAAUUCUAGCUCAUACUGGACCGGGUCAAGUUCCGACUCCUCGCCUGCGGUAUACUUUACCUUUGACCAGGUUUUCAUGAUUGAUAAAGUUGAAAUCAGCUUUGAGUCAAGCCACAGUCCAACCAAUGUUGAAGCUAAGCUGUUUGUACAGAACAUGGAGAAAAACUCUAACAAUAUAACAAGCAUUACAUCAGACCGUGCCGUCUGGGAGUUACGUAGCAGUCCACCAUCUGAAAACUCCAGUCGAAGUGAAGUGGAGAAAAUGGUAGCUGAUACCAUAAAAAUCAAAUUUGGUCAAAAUGUGGGGUCACAAGUGAGGUUAACUGAGAUCAGCAUCAUUGGGAGGUGUUACUGUGAUGGGAAUUCAGACAGUUGUUAUUUUUACAGGUGUUACUGUGAUGGGAAUUCAGACAGCACCUGUAAUAUUACUGGCAGGACCUUCCAGUGCGACUGUUUAUCCAACAGAAAGGUGGCUGGGAACAGCUGCGAACUUUGUAAACGCGCUGUGUACCGAAAACAGGAGGAGUUUGGCUGCAGUAACACAUGUUCUUGUAGCACAGGGACAGAUGGAAGCAAAGAAAUCUGUGAACAGGUUGGAGGACAAUGUAAAUGCAAGGUGAAUGUGGAAGGGAGGGAUUGUGACACCUGUAAACACCUGCACUAUAACCUUGACAGUAAUAACACAAAGGGCUGUACGAGGUGUAACUGUGGAAACGGAACCAGGGAAUGUGAUAGGGUCAAUGGCGGGUGUACUUGUAAAGAAAACGUGGAUAAUGCAGAUGGGCAAUGUACAAAUUGUCUGCCCAACCACUAUGGUGUCAAUACUGCAAAAUGUGAGAAGUGUAGCUGUGAGGUUCGAGGAAUACAAGGGAACUGGGAAAACUGCACAGACUCAACUGGACAGUGUCACUGUAAAGAGAAAGUUCAAGGCCGGCGCUGCGAUGAGUGCAUGGACGGAUAUUAUAAUCUUAUUCGAGACAAUACACGAGGUUGCUCAAACUGCAACUGUAACAAGGUUGGAAGAAUGAGCAAGGUCUGUGACAAAGGAAUUGCGGGAUUGUGUAUGUGUCGAGAGAACCUCACUGCCCCUGCAGUCAAUAGAUUUUGUGAUCCCAUCUUCAUACCAGACAAACUGGAGCCAGAUUUUGGUCCAGAGUCUGGGAACACGACAGUGACUGUGAAGGGGAAACUAUUCAAGAAUGCUGGCGUGGUCGUAGAUGUCGCUGUAGGAGGCAAUUCGUACUCUCCACUCAGUGUACAUACUGAUGAAAGUCUUGAAUUUCAAACGCCACGUAAACAAGGUGCUGGGAAAGUUACUGUAACAAUACGUUGGGCAAAGGUGUUUGAGGUUCCAAUUGACCAAAGGCUUGAUUUUACGAGACCCUUCACAUUUACAUACAAACCUGAUCCUAGAGACAUUGAACCCAAAGCCAUUCGUGCUUUUGAGAGCGGUGGAUGCAAAAUAUCCAUUAAGGGAACAAAUUUAGACAGUGUCAGUCAGCCGAAGUUGAUAGUUUAUACCGUCAGUGGAACUAGAUUGAAGACUGAGGAAUGCACUCCCAUCAGCUCAGGUGAAAUCUUGUGCAACUCUCCCGCUGGAUUCAGUAACGGGCAGACACUUUUCUAUGGUCUACAGUUUGAUGGCUUCACAAUGUAUGAGGAUUACAAGAAAUUCAAUAAUAAAAGCAAGAUAGAGAUUGUUAUCGACCCAAAGCCCACCCGGGAAAUUGAACUCGUCCAGGAAUACAAGCCGUUGUUUGACACCGAACUUAAAAUAGAGGGCCAGCAGUUUACCUCGGGGUGCUCUGAUUCAGACUUUAGGGUGGUGUUAAGAGGCAGCUCGUCCGUCCACGGUUGUACAAUCACAAGCCGUCAGAAGAAACUCAUAACAUGCGAACCCGACAUUGGUUUCCCUGGAGUUAAUGAAGAAGUCAUGAUGAUGCUGUACAUCGGAGGAAAUGGUCAUGAAAUUCAGAAAGUAAAGUUACAUACGUUUUGGAACACAUGGCAGUUUGUGCUGAUUGCGAUUGGUGGAUCGGUAUUUCUCCUGCUGGUGACGCUUCUUCCCAUCAUUCUGUGCUGCUGCUGCCGUAAUAAGAGGAAACAGACAUUCACAAACUCCAACGGUCAUAGUUCAAAUGGUGUGUCCAGUGAUUCCACUCCUUUGAAUUUGGAGGAUAUAAAUUUAUUUCCAUCCCAAGAUCACCCCCGCGCUCGACCCAACAGUUACGAAGGAGUUCAGCUUGAAAAGGAGUGCUGGGACAACUUUAUACAUAAAAUGAACCAAUCCGUCAGAAAAUUGUUGAAGGCGAGUCACACAGAAAAAUCUGAUAUUGUGGUGGGCACGCGGUGUAUCAAGAAAGGGAAGGAAAUUCGCAUCAUAGAUGGCAGUUUUGCUCAGGGGACAGGAAAGACACACGCGGGACGUCCAGCAAUGAUCAAGACCCUGAUCAAAUCCUACAGCAGUUUUGACACCGACUUGUUGCCGGAGUGGAUCAACACUGGACUCCAGGAGUGCCUGAGAUUUCGAGACGCUUUUGAUGACAAUAUUUUACGGAUACAAGGAGUAGCCACGGAUAAGGAUCGAUUUUUUGUCAUGUACAUGGGAUACAAGCGCAGUCUGAAAGACUAUCUUAAUGACAAAAGUAUUACUCCUACAAAAGGGCUACUUUUGAAUCUGUGCGUCCAGGUGAUGGAGGGCGUUCAAUUCCUACACAAUAUCGACAUCGUCCACAAAGACUUAGCAGCCAGAAAUUGUGUGGUGUGUGAUGAUGAUAGAGUACAGGUGAGUGAUGCGGGAUUCUCCUGGGAUCUCUAUCCGGAGGAGUACAUGUAUGACGAUCGGCGGGAAAAGUACCUCCCAGUUCGCUGGAUGGCCCCUGAGAGUUUGUCUUCCGGAUACUAUGACAAAUCUUCUGAUGUGUGGUCCUAUGCCGUGUUGGUGUGGGAGGUGAUGUCCUUGUCGAUGUAUUUGCCGUACCAUGAUGUACCAGAUGACUCUAACAUCCAGAGUCACAUCACAAAUGGCUACAGACUUGCGAAACCAGAAAAUGCAUCUGAUGCUCUGUACGAAGCAAUAAUGCUGCGAUGCUGGGAGCAACAGAGCAACCAGAGGCUGCAGGUCUCGGAGAUCGGGGACAAGUUCGAACAAAUUUUGAACCCUGGCUCUGCCAUUGAUCCGACUGACGGUCUCUAUUACAAUGAUAACAAUGACCCUCAGGCUGACAACAUCUACACAAAUUACGCAUAUCAGUGAUAGUGAACAACCCAAAUUACAGAGUAUUUUUGUAUUAUGGAAUAUUUUUUAAAAAAAUGAAUUGUUGUUGAUCUUUAAACAUUUGAUGUUACAUUUAUAUGUACUAUAGUAACAACUUCAGCUUUUAAUUGCUGUUUUGUUUAUGUAUUUUUGAUAUUGAUAAUUAUUACAUUAGUUUAAUCGAAUUUUCCAUUAGUAUAUAUAAGUGUUAACUUUAUAUGCUACAUAAUGUAUAUAUGUGUGGAUAUGUUUGAUAUACAUGCUUUUCCAUGUAGCUUAAUUUUGUAAAUAUUCCACCUUAUUUCAUGUGAUCUUUUUUAUUUCAGUGUUAUGUUUUACAGUUUUGUCUGGUGAUGAUCGAGGAAAAAAAUUUAAUCUCAGUUCUAAAUGUUAUGUUUUAAGACCCAUGCAUAGAAGUGGACCUGAUAUUGUGUUGUCUUUAACCUUGACAGUUUAAUGUUUUGUUGAAAAUUGAUAACUGCAUGUCCAUUUGUUUUUCUUCCAUUUUGGAUUGAUGUUUGAAAAUCAAUCCAUAUAGCACUCUCCACAUUUCACAGUGGGAUUCAAACCCACGACCCACAUGUAAAUUCCAUACCCACUGCAUCACACUCGAAACUAUAUAUUAAACUCUGCAAGUACUGAAUUUAAGAGGAUUUAAUUUGUUUUGUUUAAAGAGGACAGCUUUGUAUGUACAUGUAUAUUAUGCCUGUAAAAUUUAUUUGUGGAAUAUGUUAAAGCAGGGUGUUUGAAUUGUGCCAUAUUAUAGCUACAAGCGCUGCUUGAAGCAAAUUGUAUCCAUAAAUGUUUGUAGGGAAAUAUGGAUCUCGUGCUGUGUACGACUUGUAUAAAUAUGUUGUGGAUGGGAGGCUAGUGACUGUGUUAUAUUUACAUUUCCAUUGUUUUUGACUUCGACAUCUUUACUAACUGUAAUGAUACACUGUAGCUAUUUCUUCAUGGAUGUGAUGCAGUUGUGGACAAUGUUCGUAUGAAUUUUGUUAAAUAUAGUACGUCUAUUUCAAGGUAGCUCAUUACACCAGGAUUUAUACUUUAUGACAAUGUGCCACAAGAUCAUGGUGAUUUAAAUGUUUUGUGAAAUUGUUUGUAUCAUCUGUUUGUUAAUCAACUGACCUGCAGAUCCUCAGUGAAUCCACUAGAGUCUUUUCAACUUCAUAUUUAUCGAAAUAAACUUUUAAAAUCAUAUUUUUAUACUAAAUUGCAUAUUUUCUGCUUUUUUGUCAUAUUUUUCAUAAUUAAAUCAUUUCUUGCUGAUUUGAGAAACUCUCCCAAGGUGUCGUGAGCCACCUUAAUGGCAGGUAAUUCCAAAAUGAAAGUAGAAUGUAAAGCAAUUUGUAGUACCAGUAGCUUUUAUAUGGUAUCUUUUUGAUACAAGAUCUACAAUGGGACACAGGAAUUAUGAAGCAAAUGAAAAUAGUUUAUCAAUAUUUCUUCUGUGAUUUAGUAUACUUAUGUAUUAUGUAUAGUCAUUAAUUUUACAAGCACAUGCUUGUCCUUGACUUUGAAUUUCCAUGUAUGUGUAUAUAAAGAGUCUGUGAUAUAUCAUUCAGAAUGUACAGUUGUUGAUCUUAAAUGAAGUGUUACUGCAGUUUCUUUCCAAAUUGUCAUCCCAUUUACAUGCUUACAAAUACUUAGAUAAUAGGUUAUUGUCUGAAUAUCAGGGCAAUAUGCCUGUCCGAGAUCUUUGCGCAGUCAAGUGGACUGAGCCUAGAAACUCCACUUACGUAACGCGAGACCAAGAUGAUCAUUCAGAAAUUUCUUUAAACAUCACAGGAAAGUAAAUGCUGUAGUCGGACUAUGUGCCCCCUUAUAUCAGCCCCACCUCUUUAUAUAUUGCCCCUAUCUUAGUUUGCUUAGGAUGAUAGUGCAUUUACACAUGUAUCUGAAAGUACGUGUUUUUUAAAAUUUGCUAUGUUAUUGUUAAACUCCUUGCUAAUUCCAUUAGUUUUCAAAUUUACCCUUUUGCCAUUAUCAUAUUAGUGUUUUAGUAGUUUGCAGGGGUGAAUUCGGUUUAUAAUCUAAUUCCCAGUCAAUACAAUGUAUGUCCAUAUUGAAUAUUCAUUAUUAGAGAUCAGCCUGUAUGGACAUCCAUAUUUUGACAGUUUUUCUCAUAUUUUUUAUGAUAAUCUCUGCAGCUAUUGAUUUGAAAAUUUAUACAUGAACUUGCAUCAUUGGGUUACAGAUCGAGAUUGAGCAUAGUUGACCUAUUUUUGAAAGAGUUAUGGACCUUGAACUUAUUUUUGACAGUUUUGAGGACUUUAUUUUUUGGCUCUCCCUACAGCCAUUAAUUUUAAAAUUCAUACAUGAACUCGCAUCAUUGAGUUACAGAUCGAGUUUGAAUUUUGGCUUUUUUGACAGGACCUUGAACUUCGUAAAUAGUGCCACAAAACGGGGCCAUCACAAUGGUAUCUCGAUCAUUAUAGAUAUUGUCUGACCCAGCUGUUCAUGCGCAAUGAAGCAAGGUCUGAUAUCAGAGUGCCUGCUAUCUUUUUGAGUGUUUAUGUUUCAAUAAUUAUAUUGUAUUUUUUACAAACCAAAGAUCAUAACUGCAGGCUUUAAAGACUUUAAUAGGUGUGGGGGGAAAAGAUGAAUGUGCACAUUGUUUAGUAUGAAAUUUUUGUUUAUUUUAUAUUGUGUUACCUUUAUUGUGUGUAAAUAUCAGACAUUCUUAUUUGUCUUUUUUGAUUCAUAAUAAUGAUGAUUCUAUUAUCAAUCUUUUUUGAUUAUUAAAACAUUAAUAUAUACAAUGAGUUUGUUAAUCAGACACAGUAUAAUAAUAAAAUCAGAAUUUAGUUUUGAA